CUUACAGUGCUCUCGGACCUCAGCCAACUGCAUCCGGUCCAGCCCUAUUUAGGAACACUGUCGGUGUUUUCGUGCUUUUCAUUGUCGUGUGGAACCCAUUUCUACCUCAUUCGCUCGGGAGCAGUGCCCAGCAUUGGAUUUCCUAUAUUUCUCUGGAGCUUACUUUGAAAGUCAAAAGCGAUACCACCGAGGGGACUACUACACAGUCGGCCGUCAGUAUGAAGCUCUGUCCGGACGAACCGAAGAAGUGCCUCAGUAGCCAUAGUGGGAGAAAGGAAUUUCAGUGCCUGGCGUGCAACAAGAAGUUUCACCAUAAAGCCCAUCUUGUGAUGCAUCUCAGAUCCCACACUGGAGAGAAACCCUUUGAGUGCUCAACGUGUUCGAAGAAGUUUAGUCAAAGAGGUAAUCUUCAAACGCACCUUAAGAUUCACAUUGAAGAAGAGCCCUUUGAGUGCACAGUGUGUCACAUGAGGUUCAGUCAAAAAGGCAAUCUUCAGACGCAUCUCCGCACUCACAACGGAGAGAAGCCUUUUAAGUGCAAGUUGUGCCACAAGUACUUCAGGCAAAAAGGUACUCUUCAAACCCACCUCCGGACUCACACGGGAGAGAAACCCUUUGAGUGUUCAGUGUGUUUUAAGAAGUUCACUGCCGAAACCAACCUUCGAAGCCACCUCCGAAGCCACCUCCGAAGCCACUCUGCUGGCAAGUUCCUUGCGUGCACGGUGUGUAAUGAAGAGUUCAAACAUGAUCGAUUCCUUAGGGCACAUCUCCGCAGUCACUUAGCAGACGUGAAGCCCUUCGAGUGUUCAGCAUGUAACAAGAAGUUCAGUCACCAGGCUCACCUGCGGACACACCUCCGUAUUCACACUGGGGAAAAGCCCUUUCCAUGCACUGUCUGUUACAAGAAGUUCAGCCAAAAAGGAAGUCUUCAAAUUCACUUCCGUACGCACACUGGAGACAGGCCAUUUAAGUGCACUGAGUGUCAUAAGCAGUUCAGCCAUGAACAAUACCUGAAAAUACACCUUUACAGUCAUUUAGCAGCAGCUGACAAACCGUUCGAGUGUUCCGUAUGCAAUAAGAAGUUUAGUCAACAAGCUAACCUGCGGACACACCUCCGUAUUCACAAUGGGGAAAAGCCCUUUCCAUGCACUGUCUGUUACAAGAAGUUCAGCCAAAAAGUCAGUCUUCAAAUUCACUACCGCACGCACUCUGAAGGCAAGCCAUAUAAGUGCACUGAGUGUCGUAAGCAGUUUAGCCAUGAACAAUACCUCAAAACACACCUUUAUAGUCAUUUAGCAGCAGCUGAUGAGGCGUUCGAGUGUUCAGUAUGCAAUAAGAAGUUUAGUCAACCGUCCAACUUUUGUACACAUCUCCGUAUGCACGCUGGAGAGAAGGAGCUUUGUGUCUAGUGAGUGGAACAAUUGACUAUGCAUUGUUUUUACGUAUUCAAGUAUUUUCUUCGAAUUAGUGUUAGGUUUGAAUGAAAUGCCAAUGUCUCUUUGACGAUAGAACCAUUAACAAUUCCGUUCUAAGUAUUUAUUGAUUUGAC